AUGGUUAUAGAAAAAAAAAUUUUUUUGCUCCCCAAAUCAAUUACAAAAAAAUCUGAAUCAUCGUCAAAAAUACCUUUAAAACCUAUAAUAUCAGAAGAAUCAUUGCCAUCCAAUACUGUAUCAUCUUCAUCAAAAUGCCAACUCCUAAGACUUCAAUUCUACCUUCACUAUAGUUUAGAUCUUAAACCCAAACUUGGAAGUUAUGCUCAUGGAUAUGUCAUCAGAAUAUUAGUUGAAAUUGAUAGAUUGUUAAAUGAGGAUUAUUUACAGGGCCAAAGAAAGAAUUUAUUACAUCCAACAGAUA